AUGGGUACCAAUUGUACUGUUUUUUGUUUUCUUCAUGAUGAAUUUUCACAAGCUAAGCUUAAACUAUGGAAAUUAGAUGAAAAUAAUUGUCAAUGUGUUUGGUUUAAACAAAAUCAAAUGUGUACUCUACUUCAAUCAUUUGCUAGUGAAUGUGGCGUUGCACGUGGUUUAAAUGACUCUUUUUCAACAAUUUCACCUCAUCGAAUAGGUGGAAAUAUUGAUAUGAAAUAUUUGACAAAAAGAGCAAAACUUUAUUUAGUAUUGGUAAUGGACAUGCAGCAUAAGGUGAUGGAGAAGUGUGUCGUACAGCAAUUGAAACACUAAUUAUUGUUUAUGUUUAUUUAUCUGUAUGAGAUGGAGAUGAGUUUAAACACGUAAUAUUUCCAUGUUUAUUAACUCAACUUGAUAUGAGACAAUCGACACAAUAUUAUUCAGUUUUAGGUUCAGUGGUAGUAGAUAUUCAAGCAACACAAGUUAUUAAUAUGCCGAAUUAUACAAUAGGAACAUUUUUAUCCUUAGAUAUUUUUGUCAAUGAAAAUCAAUAAGAAGAAUUGAUUUCUUUUUCUUGUUGUUUAUGAAUAAAUUUAAUUGGACACGCAAAGUACUAUUUGUGUUAAUGAUUGCUGAUGUAAAUAAUAAUAAUCAAACAUUUUUAGUAAUAUUCAUCGAUAGUAUGAUUGUUUCCUGCGUAGCAUUGAAAAAAUUAGUCGACGCAGUUCCUGUUUCUUGCAUGAUGAAAGCACCAAGUUAAGGCAAAUUAUUAAUAAUUCUCUUGUAUUAUAUUGAUAGAACUACUGGAAACAUGAAAAGUUAAUUAAUUUAUUCUA